CCAAAAAAAAGGGAAAGAAAAGAAAGUGAAAGGAAGAGACUAACUUGUGAGUUCUCUGUACAAAAUAAGGUUUAUAAAUUAAAGUUUUAUUUUGACUUUAACUUUUUGGAUUUAAUAAUUUAGCCAUUACUUUUUGAAUGCACAUGCUGUUAAAAAGUUCUGGAGAGAAAGCGCCGCUCCGGGCGCGGAGGGAGGGAAGAGAAUGAAGCGUCUUGAGUCGCCGAGAGCUUUGAUAAGCAAAUACAGCCCAGCGCUCUCGAGCUCUCUCUAUUGGCUGUUCCUUCACCGCCAGAUUUUGACACAAAUAAUCAGAUUGAAAAUCAGGGAGGGGAACAGAAGAGGAAAAAAAAAGAGAGAGAGAGAGAGGAGAAAAAAAAAAAAAGGAGAAGUAUCUAUUUGUGCAGAGAGUCACGAAGUUUGCCGGGUGGCUCCGAUUCCCCAGAGGAAGGCAGCGAGGUUCCCACCGCGGGACAGGAGGCGCCGAGCUCAGACAGGUGUGGGCCUCCCUCUGACUAUGCCGCGCUCCUUCCUGGUGAAGAGCAAGAAGGCUCAUACCUACCACCAGCCCCGCGACCAGGAGGAUGAGCCGCUCUGGCCUCCCGCCCUUGGCCCUGUGGCCAGGGGCCAGGUCCUGAGCAACAGCCCUGUCCUCAGCACCCUGUUCCCAAACCAGUGCCUGGACUGGACUGACCUCAAACGGGAGCCAGAGCUGGAGCUGGAUCAGAGCUUGACCAGGAUGGCCUUGGCCCCAGAGGGUCCCACUGUGAUGUCCCAGCCCCAGGAUGGGGACUCGCCAUCUUCCGACUCACCCCCAUUCUACAAGCCCAGCUUCUCCUGGGAUGCCCUGGCUUCAUCCUACGGCCACAGCUACCGGCAGGCCCCCUCCACCAUGCAGUCCGCCUUCCUGGAGCGCUCCGUCAGCCUGUACGGCAGCCCUCUGGUGCCCAGCACCGAGCCGCCCUUGGACUUCAGCCUCCACUACUCCCCUGGCAUGGACGCAUACCACUGCAUCAAGUGCAACAAGGUGUUCUCCACGCCCCACGGGCUUGAAGUGCACGUCCGCCGCUCCCACAGCGGGACCCGGCCCUUCGCCUGUGACAUCUGCGGCAAAACCUUUGGCCACGCCGUGAGCUUGGAGCAGCACACGCACGUCCACUCCCAGGGGAUCCCGGCCGGGUCCGGUCCUGCGCCCAGCUUGGCAGUCCCGGGUCGCGAGGCCCCGCCUGCGCCUGACCCCCCGGGGCCUCGUUUCCUCCGGCAGGAGCGCAGCUUCGAGUGCCGGAUGUGCGGCAAGGCCUUCAAGCGCUCGUCCACCCUGUCCACCCACCUCCUCAUCCACUCGGACACGCGGCCCUACCCCUGCCAGUUCUGCGGCAAGCGCUUCCACCAGAAGUCAGACAUGAAGAAGCACACCUACAUCCACACCGGUGAGAAGCCCCACAAGUGCCAGGUGUGCGGGAAGGCCUUCAGCCAGAGCUCCAACCUCAUCACCCACAGCCGGAAGCACACAGGCUUCAAGCCCUUCAGCUGUGAGCUGUGCGCCAAGGGCUUCCAGCGCAAGGUGGACCUGCGGCGGCACCGUGAGAGCCAGCACAACCUCAAGUGAGGCCGUCCCUGCUCCCGGCUCCUGGCCAGCCAGCCCUGACAUGACAUCACCUGGCAGGGAAGCCAGCCUCACACACCCAGGCUCCUGGAGGCAGCACUGGCCGGGACUCUUCCAGCUUGUUUUGAGACUCAUCAGAGUGCUGUGUGACCUCAGGCAGGUCACUUUCCCUCUCUGGACAUCCCAACAUUUCUCUUGCUGCAAAGUGUGGCACCUGGGUUGGGUCUUUUCUGAGCUGAUAUUGUCUAUAGAUCUAAGAGCUUGGUGCCUUCCCAGGGACAGAACCCAGGGGGCCAGAAGAGCCCCAGGGGGACAGGGGGUGACAAGAAGAGACCAGAGCUGGAGCCCACAGAGAAGUCCUCCCCCUGCCUGCCGCCCACUGGGCUCUGGUCAGAUUGGUUUUCAGUGGACCUCUUUCUGGCUGCCACGGAGGGUCAGAGCCAUCUCCUGCCCCAGUGGGAGGCCUAGCACCCCACUGCCUCAGCCAGCGUGCUGGCCACUCCCACUUCUGAUGGCUACUCAGGCCAUGCGGUUCCCGUUCUGCUGUCAGACCCUGGCCGGGGAAAUGAGCCAUCACUGCUGUCAAAGCCUGUUCAUCUCAACUGCUGUAAAUAAAAAUAAAGAUACAGAUUUACUUA